ACGAGAGAAUAUUGGAGGUUUCGUCUGGCGUUGGGAGCGAUGUGAGGAGAAAGAAUGGCCGGGGCAGGGUGGUCGAUAUUGAUCUUCUGAGAGCUGCCCUAGAGACGCACCGUGCCCCCAAUUCAUGCCUUGCGGAACGGGAAAGGCGUCUGGGAUAUGGCUGUUACGCGCCGCACAAGUGCGGUCAAGCAGCUGAAGAGCGCCAGUGACAGCGCUCAGGGCAGGGCUUUAGCGUUUCUGGCGACCUCUGCGUCGAAGAGGUGCCCAAAACGAGCGUUUAACCCCCUUCGGCCCGUCGUGUCGCAGCUCUGGACGUUGCUUCAAACAUCGCACACUGACCUCUGCCACGUAGAUGCAGAGUCGACUUUUGCUAGCCCUGGACGUUCGAGGUCGCACUAUCACCUGUAACCCAUAUCAAAUCGACAAAGGGACCGAUUCUUGAAACCAAGGUUGC